GAGACGGCUUCUGGCAUUCUGCUGGGACGUGGCUUGCUCUUCUGACCGACAUUGCGAAGCCAAAAUAUUCUCUUUUCUUCAUCUUGUGAUGUCUUCCCCCACGACCUCAUCAAAUGACAACAACAACGAAAACAAAAAGAUCAACACUGCAGUGGACAUCAAGGUUGCCCACGACCCCGGCGAUUUGGAACAAGAUGUGGCAGUCGGCACACAAACCCCAAUAACGACGAUCGAUCUCGCAUACUUGCGCUCCACCAAAAUGAGCACGUUCUAUCGAAGUGUGCUAUUUCAGAUGAUUCUUUUUGGAGCGUUGUCGUUUGUUGGACCGGCUAUGGGCGAUGCCAUCACGAAUCUUGGCGGAGGAGGUCUCAAGUCUCCAUAUCUUGCCAACUUGGCCAAUGCUUUGAAUUAUGCCAUGGGUUGUCUGACGACGCUUCUUGGUGGACCUCUAAUCAAUAAACUCGGGAUUCGAAAUUCUUGUAUUAUUGCUGCGAUUGUUUUUCCGCUGACGGGUUCGGCGUACUAUACUUCGGCCAAGUUUGGGGAUCAGGCGUAUUUGCUUGCGAGCCAGGUUAUUGGGGGGAUUACGAGUGGGUUUUUAUAUGUCGCUGAGACGACCGCUAUGUUGUCGUAUCCGCCGCAGGAUGAUCGAGGAUUUUACCUUGGGAUCUGGAGUGCUAUGAGGAAUUCCGGAAGUGUCAUUGGUGGCGCCAUCAACUUUUCGACAAACAGUGAGGAGAGUUCGGCAGGCGGUAUCGCCUGGUUCACAUACCUCUUGUUCGUCGGCUUCGAAUGCACCGGCAUCAUCUGGGCGGUUCUGCUCAGCACAACCAGCAAAGUCCGAAGGAGAGAUGGAACUCGAGUUCCGACUAACGAUGAACAUGCUUCGUGGAAACAGGAGUUUGCUGCGCUGGCGAGAAUGCUUGCACAGAAGCAUAUCUGGUUCGUUGCGAUCCCAAGUUUCUACAGCUUCUUCUAUGGCGGGACCAUGGGCACAUACCUUUCUCUUCACUUCUCUGUCCGAGCUCGAGCAUUGUCAUCGCUCAUCGUUCCAUCGAUCGUCAUCCCUCUUGUUAUCGCCUACGGCAGACUUCUCGACAUGAAACACUGGACCCGUGGCCGCCGCGCCUGGAUCGCCUUCCUCUGCUGGGUGAUCCCCCAAAUCGCCUGCUUCAUCUGGAUUGGGAUCGAAUACAGCAAAUUCGGCACAUCAAGCGACGUCGGUCUGGACUAUGAAAAACACACCUCCCGCUGGGCCCAAGCCUACCUCCCCUACCUCAUAAUCUUCAUCACAGGCUACUGGACCCAACUAUCCCUCUACUGGAUGCUAGGCUGCUUAUCGCCCAACGUAGAAAGCUCUUCUCGUGUCGGAGGACUUUUCCGUGCUUUUGAGACUGCUGGUCAGGCUGUGAGUUACGGGAUAAAUUCUGCGAGUAAGACGGAUCCGAGAAGACCAUUUUAUGCGAAUUGUGGUGUGCUGGCUUUGACGAUUCCUUGUAUGAUUAUGCUUAUCAAGUUGGUCAGUGUGAGUAAGGAUUAUGAGGAGGCGGAGAUUCAGCCGAUUAAAGUUGUUGAAGAGCCCGCUGGGAAGAGGGAUGAUUGAUGUGUCUUGGGAGAGGUCGUAGAAGUUAGGUUCCCGAAUGCAUUAGUAUUUCGCAUUUCAACAGUGAAGACUUUCGAGAAUUCGGGUGCUCUUGCUACUCCCAGUCGACUCUGCAAUUAGAUAC